AUGAAGGCCCUUCGUAGAGCCUUAUCUGAGAGGACGAUCCAGCCCCCACAGGCCCCGACGGCCCAAUGCGACCAGGCGACGGACUUCUCUGAGGCCCUCAAAGAGGCCCUCAAGGAAUUGAAGGAGGACCUGAAGCGGGACCUUACAAUUACUAUGGGAAACAUGAUCUCGGCCCGCACGGGCUAUUUCCCUGAGCCGGUCCCCCGCCCUCCUCUCGCUGCGGACAGGAAUAAGACGACCGCGAACCAGCCGGAACCUCAAUCUGGGGCGCCGCCCUCAAGGGCAGUGACAGGUGCGCCGCCCACAAGGCAGCCUAAGGCCCCUGUGGCCCAGCCUUCGGCACCAGCGACCAAGAAGAGGGCUAACUCUGCUCCUAGCCGGCAACAAACACACAAGCGCCUGCUGAGUCUUGGACGCAGGUUGUCAGGAGGGGCAAUGGCAAAUCCGCCAAGCCCCCUUCCCCCCCUGCCGCCCCGGCUCGACGUACUGUGCUACGCUGACGACACUCUCGUCACCGCAAAGGGGAGCACCCACAGGCAGGCCGUCCUGCUCGGCACAGCAGGGGUAGCUCACGUGGUGAGUCGCAUUAGGGCCUUGGGACUCGAAGUGGCCCUCAACAAGUCCGAGGCUCUCUGUUUUCACGGGCCUCGAAACGCACCGCCUCCUGGGCUGGAAAUAGUGGUCGGGGGAACCUCCAUCGCCGUCGAGUCGACGAUGCGGUACCUAGGCAUUGUCCUCGACGGUCGGUGGAGCUUCACUGAGCACUUUGCGCGGAAGGCGCCAAAAUUGCUGGCCGCAGCCGGAGCACUCGGGGGACUGCUCCCGAACACCGGGGGACCGGGCAGCACAUGCCGCCGCCUUUAUCAGGGUGUUGUACGCUCCAUGGCACUCUAUGGGGCCCCAAUAUGGGCAGAAUCCCUGAACGCUCGGAACGUGGCCCUGUUGCGCAGACCCCAACGGGUUAUAGCCACAAGAGCGAUACGAGCGUACAGGACGGUCUCCCUACAAGACUGGCUGGAGAGAGAGCGGGGCUCGCUAACCUUCCGGCUGGUGCAGGUGCUCACGGGGCAUGGCUGUUUCGGGAGCUACCUGCACCGGUACGCAAGACGGGAAGUGACGGCCGAGUGCCACCAGUGUGGCUGCGGCGAGGACACGGCGCAGCAUACCCUGGAGGAAUGCCCAGCCUGGGAGGGGCAGCGCCGCGUACUCGCGGCAGUGGUGGGGAACGACCUCUCCUUGCCAGCCGUAGUUAAGGCUAUGGUUGCCGACGAGAGGUCGUGGAAAGCGGUCCUCUCCUUCUGCGAGGAUGUAAUGUCGCAGAAGGAGGCAGCGGAGAGGGAACGGGAGGCCAACCCAGCCUCGCACCCGAUCCGCCGCAAGCGCACAGGGGCCCGGAGGAGAGCGUAUGCCCAUCUCCUGCCUCGCAGAGAGGGCGCGCGUGGUAUGCCCACGCGCCUUCUGAGGAGGCAGGGGUAG